AAUUGCAGCCGGUCAGACUGGUGGGGCAGUCAGAAGUAAAAUAAAUAUGUUAUUUUACUGGCACUUCCUAAUAAAGUGAAUUUACACCAUAUUCUAAAUCAGACCAACGGACGGACGAGUACUGACCGCACCUGUCGAAAAGUCCAGAUUCUCUCAGGAGGCUGCGCUUUCCAUGAAAGAAUGAAGAUUGGACGAGACUUGUCGGCUCAGAAAGACAAGCGCAAGGCAUGUGACAUGUCCAGGAGUGGGCGCACGUCGGAUUAUCGAAGGACCGGCAGGUCGACUAUGGACGCUCCGGGGAACUCCUUCGAACGUUACGUCACCGACGGCAAGACCGGAACAGACGCAAUCCAGUCGCGAAGGAGUCCCAGAAGUAGCCAAAUCGAGAGAUUACAGGAACACCGAACGUAGCCGGGACCGCUCCGAAGGAAGGCACGGAUGACGUCAUCAGAUAAUCUCGUUCAUGGCUGACGUGCUCAUGUAGGGGUCCGAUAUCGACCACCGUCGUCAGCCUGCACUGUCCAGGUCACGGUGGAUCUCGUGCUCGGCUUCCGGCCGUCGUCCGUCUCCCGAUCGUGAGCGGCAGUCGCGAGCUGACGAUGACCGGAAACUCCUCGAAGUGCAGCAGCAGCACGACGAGCCAGGAUUCGGAAUUUCGGUGCUCGCUGCUGAGAUUGAUCUUGGGGCUCGCUGCUGCUCUGCUGCUGCGCAUGAUCUGACCCAGCUAGCCAGCAGGAGGUGGCAGAAUUCGCUGCCGAGCAACUACAACGACGACGACGACAUCAGCAACCGUGCGCGCAGCUCAGCUCAGCUCAGCAAAUGUGCUCGUGAGAGCCCCGGACAGCUCCCCCACACUUUUGCUGAAAGCCAGCACGGACCUCGUCCCUAUCGGACUCCAUGACGAGGACGAGUGAGGUCGCCGGCAAGCAAGCGGGCGUUUCGUGGCCGGGGACGACACCGAUUUAGCUCCCGAUCGAUCGUCGAGACGAAGACGAAGCUGCCAAGAAGCUGCGCGUUAGAGGCUUCCGUGCUCGUCCGGCUGAAGGAUAUAAUUCGCCGUCACCGGGCGAGGCGAGCGCAUAAAGUUAGCUUUACGGCACACUCCACGGCCGACGUGGAAGCGUAGCGGCUCUCGUUCAUCAUUCGUCUCGUGGUCGAGGCCGAGACUUUGCGGUCACAGAGAGCAAGAGAAGAGAAGAGAAGAGAAGUGAAGAGGAGAGAAGAGGAGGUAGGGUCUCUCUGUCUCAUGGGUUCGAUUGUCGGGGAGGCGUCGAGCGGUGAUUAGAAGGACAAGGUUGAUUCCACGAGGUCAGGACAGUGCGGGGCGGAUUCGUGAAGCGUGGGUUGCGAAGCAUUUCGAGACCGAUAGACGGAGGAGCGGAGCCAUCAUGACUCUCGGAGCGAUCCCCGAGAGCCGGGCACCGCCGGAGUAUGAAUUGGAGCGGGAAGAAAAGUUCGUCAAUGGGAGACUCAUUUUACUGGCGGUGGAUCAUGGACCCAACAGCCGAAAGGCAUUCAAUUGGGCUUUGAAGCAGUUUGUAACGCAGGCCGAUGAGCUGCAUCUGCUGCAUGUGCUUCCCAAGUCUUCCGGAACCGGUGUCUCCUGCACCAGUCCGACUUCUGGAAGCCGCUCAGAUUCCCCGGUGUACGAAGCGACGCAGGUUCUUUUCCAGAAGUUGGCCAAGGAAGCUUAUGACAUUGCAAGGGUUAGGGUUGUCCCGGUGUUAAGAGACGGAGAUGCCGGGAAGGAAAUUUGCGCCGAAGCUGCCAGACUACAACCUGUAGCUGUGAUUAUGGGAAGCCGUGGUUUAGGCCUGAUGAAAAGCUUGCUGAUUGGGAGCGCAACUGAGUACUGCACCCAUCAUUGCCCUGUGCCGCUGGUCAUCGUCCCACAUAAUUACGCUUCCGGCGACGACUGCACGCCUGAUGAGCUCCGGAUAGAAGACACAGGUUAACGAAUUUGAGGUUUCAAUUGGCAAAUGCAAAGAGGUCAAUUAUGAAGUUCCGUCUGUGUCUCCUCCAUGCGCCGAAGAAACCACUUUGAAGUCGGGCUUCAGCGAGUGCUCUUCUGCAGUCCAAGGCGCACGAUCUUAUGCACCUACCGAAGUACAGGAAGAGUAUAACGAGCUGUAAAAUGUGAAGUGUUCGAAUGAACAAGCUUGUGAAUGACAACAUCGAUAGGGUUUAGGUUUUGGAUAAACUCAACCGGACCAAAGAUGUCAAACAACCAUAUCGAGGUGUGACCGGAUUAGAAAUCUGCGGAGGAAAUUAUGGGUAGAUCACCUCUUGAUUCCGGGUCCCGGUGUAGAACACGAGGGGUUGAUGUAUUGUACAGCUGAAACCUGCAAUUUGACUGAUCCUCUGGAUUUGAGGAGGUAACAAGCGCUUGGCUGCUGUUUCUUGAUCUGAAGAUGAUCAUGAUUUGUUAACAUCGCAUGUAGAAUAACUUCCAAAUAGACGGCCAUUUAAGGGCACUGCUUAGGUAUAUGUGAACUUUGCAGAUUGGUUUAAUGAAGGUUGCAUCGUCGAGAAAUUUUUUAACAUGAAAAAGGCAUAC